UAGCAAUCAGUAAUGAUAAGGAGGUAAAUUUUUGUGUAUAAUCAUAAUCAAUACUGUGUUCAUAGAUGGAAAAUGUUUUAGUAAAUACAUUUUACUAACAUGGAUAUGAAUAGUGGUGUAAAUCCGGCUCAAAGUGACACUGUGAGAGAGCAGUUGUAUUUAAAUAGUGAAGAGGAGAAAGCUGUGUAUCACAGAGAGCCACCGCCAUCAUAUGAUGCGACAUUCAACUCCGCCAACACUGUGCCUGAACCAGUGACCAAUCAGCCAACGUCUCGGACUGUAAUCAUACACGCGCCACUAAAGGAUUCGCCGAUGGUCUAUAAUUGCCCCAAAUGUGAUGAAAGGAUUGUCACUGCUGUAACACAUAUAAACACACAGAGAACUCAUAUGCUUGCUGGUUUUCUUUGUGGAGUCUUUUGUUGGUGUUGCCUUUGUUGUGUUGCUGCAGUCCCCUACCUAACAAAAGUAUUUAAGGAAACACAGCACCAUUGUCCCAACUGCAAAUCAUUUUUAGGUUCCUAUUCUAAACUAUAAUUACCUGAUCUAGUUUCCGUUACCUACUUACAAGUUCUAAUAAAUUCUAACAAUUUGUAAAAUAUAAUACCAGAUAAUUUGUUUUAAUCAUGACAUUUAUUCUUAGCUGUUUUGUACAAUAUUUAUGAGAAUAAAUAAAUGUGUCUUCUUUUGCCUUGUAGUAGAAGAUAUUUGUUCUCUUCCAGCCAGUGAUAACAUCU